AUGAUUUUCGCAAUCGUUCGCGUUGCUGUUAACAUUGGGAGUCCACAUUCGACCUUGUUCGAUCAGAGUUGGCUAUACACCUGGAGUCUUAUUGAGCAAACCGUUGUCGCUUGUCUUGCUUCGUUCCGUUCUCUUUUCGCUCGCAACAACAUUCCUCAGCCAGCCCCUGCAGAUCCACACGAGAGUUAUCGGAAUGACGAGAAUAGAGAAAAGAAAAAGCGUUUGUUCGAUGUUCACUUUGGUCUUUUGUCUCGCCUAACAGCUCCUUCUGCAUACGUGGAUAUUACCGAGACAACGUCCCGCGGUACUGCAUCAGAUGAUGUAUUACUCCAAUCCCAGAAACCUCAUAUGCGACAAGACGUUGAGCUUCGAUCCUCUGAGUCACAGGCUCAGGCUGUUUAA